AUGACGUUUUUAUCGGAUGAAAGCCCUGGAGUUAAUGCAGAUCAGAAGCUAUUUUGCAGGCCCUUCUGCCGGCUUGAUAACCUUUGUGUGUACUAUAUUUCUUUCUCACAGAUUCUGCCUGGCUUGUUCAUUGGCAACUUUAAAGAUGCCAGAGAUGUAGAGCAAUUGAGUAAGAACAACAUUACGCACAUUCUUUCAAUCCAUGACAGUGCCCGCCCUAUGCUAGAGCUGCUUGAAAACAGCUGCAUCCCUGCUUCUGACUCACCCUCGCAGAACUUGGCAAGGCAUUUCAGAGAGAGCAUAAAAUUUAUCCAUGAGUGCCGGCUCACAGGUGAAGGCUGCCUAGUUCAUUGCCUUGCAGGUGUCUCCAGGAGUGUAACAUUGGUGGUUGCCUACAUCAUGACCAUCACCGACUUUGGUUGGGAAGAUGCACUGUCUGUUGUCCGCGCAGCGAGAUCCUGUGCCAAUCCUAACAUGGGCUUCCAGAGGCAGCUACAGGAGUUUGAAAAACAUGAUGUUGAUCAGUUCAGGCAAUGGCUGAAAGAAGAAUACGGGGAAAACUCUUCUCAGGAUCUGCAAGAAGCCAAAAAUCUUCUGAGCAAAUAUAAAGAGCAGGCAGAGUUGCAGCAGAAUACUGGAGGAAGACAGUGGAAUAACAACUUCUCAUCUGUGCCAUCUCUCUCAUACAGCAACUACACAACAGAGACCUAAUCAUAGGAAGUUGAUAAUUUUUUCUUUCUAAUUUUGAAAAACAUCUUGCCAUAAUUUCCAUCCCAUCUUCAAGACUCUCAGCAGUAAUCAUGCAAACAGUUGAUUUGUAGAAAGCUCCUUGAUGAUGAAAAUAACUACAUUAUGUGUGUGUGUAUGAGUGUGUUUGACACAGUUUUAUAAUAAGUUUGGGCAGGAUCAAGCUCUCUGUAUACCCAGAGACAUGAUCCAGUUGCUGUGGCUGAGCCAGUUUGCCAGUCAGCCACAGCAGUUGUCCCCGUAUGCCCACGUUGCCUGGCAUUUGCUGUGAGGUUAGCUCAACUCCUUUCGUUGUAGGCUAGCAAAGGGCUCUGGGAGAUGAAGUCUGGUGAUUCAAGCUGUGGCAGUUUGACAUCUCUGCACUAUUAAUGUGGCAAAGAUGUUAUUGCACCUGAGGGACGGAACUCAAGUCUGUGUUUCUGCUCCUGUUCACAGUCCAUUGGCACGUAAUACCGUGGAGGUGGGCUUGAACUUCAAUGCUAGGCUGCCAACUGGAGCAGGUGAGAUAUGGGUACAUGUACCUUUCUACCAACAGUAGCAUCUAGAGGAGAAGUGGGACAGACAGCUCUGAGUAAUAACAUCUUCAACUGCCACAGUUGUACUUGCUUCAGUGCACGUGAGACAGAGCUGUCAGUAGAGCUGCC